AUGGUGAAGUAUUUCCUGGGCCAGAUCAUGCUCCAAAGUUCCUGGGACCAAGUGUUCACUGCCUUCUGGCAGCGGUACCCAAAAUCCUAUAGCAAACAUGUCUUAAUGGAAGACAUAAUACACCGGGAGGUGACCUCUGACCAGAAGCUCCUGUCCCGGAGACUCCUGACCAAGACCAACAGGAUGACCAGCUGAGCAGAGUGACUGUUUCCUGCCAACAUUGCUCACUGGGUAUACAUCCUGGAGGACUCUGUUGUGGACCCACAAAAUCAGACGAUGACCACCUUCACCUGGAACAUCAACCACACCCAGCUGAUGGUGGUGAAGGAACAAUGUGUUUACCGUGUGAAUGCUGACAACAGUGGCUGGACCGAAAUCCGUCGGGAAGCCUGGGUCUCCUCUAGUUUAUUUGGUGUCCCUAGAGCUGUCCAGAAAUUUGGUGUCACCCGGUUCGAAAGCAAUGUGUCCAAGAUUAUGAAGCGUUUUGAAUACAUCUUGGCCAAGCUGCAAGCCAAGGAAGUCAAAGAGAAGGCAAAGGGUACAGCACUGGCAGCUAAAGAGAAGGCCAAGGAGCUUGCCAGCAAGGCUGCCACCAAACAGCAGCAGCAGCAGCAGCAGCAGUUUGUGUAG